GGACCGGGGGGACCGGGGGGACCGGGAGGACCGGGGGGACCGGGGAGACCGGGGUUUGGUUUGCAGCUGAGGCCGCGUGGAUGCGUCUGAGUCCGGGGCCGUGAAGGAUGCUGAGCGCCGUGAAGAUGGAGGGACACGAGCAUCCGGACUGGAGCAGCGGCGGCUUCUACUACGGAGACACCGAGUGUUUCUCUGCAGCGGGAAACUCCAUCAGCGGCUACAUGAACGCGCCCGGUAUGACCGGCGCGGGCCACAUGAGCGCGCAUUACGGGGUCAGCGGCUCCUCGGGACCCGUCGGGAUGGCGCAGGGCCCCGGGAGCGCGGCGCAGACCGGGGCCGGGGUUCCGGGUCUGGGCCCCAUCAGCCCGCCUCCGUACGGGCCGGGCCCGGUGCUGAGCCCGGUGUACGGACCGGGACCGGGACCGGGGCCCGGGCCGGGGCCGGCGUGCGCCAUCAGGGCCCGGGACGCCCGGCCGCCCCGGCGCAGCUACGCGCACGCCAAGCCGCCGUACUCGUACAUCUCCCUGAUCACCAUGGCCAUCCAGCAGUCCGCCGGCAGCAUGUUGACCCUCAACGAGAUCUACCGCUGGAUCACGGACCUGUUCCCGUUCUACCGGCAGAACCAGCAGCGCUGGCAGAACUCCAUCCGACACUCGCUCUCCUUCAACGACUGCUUCGUGAAGGUCCCGCGGCCCCCGGACAGACCGGGGAAGGGCUCCUUCUGGGCGCUGCACCCGGACUCCGGGAACAUGUUCGAGAACGGCUGUUACCUCCGGAGGCAGAAGCGCUUCAAGUCCGGGACCAAGCGGCUCCGCUCCGGCUCCGGAUCCGGCUCCGGCUCCGGGGACAAGGACGGGGACGCGGGGAAGCGGGAGCGCGGCUCGGACUCUCCUCACUCCGCCUCCUCCUCCUCCUCCUCCCCGUCCCCCUCCUCCUCCACCCGCUCCUCCGAGGUGAAGGGGGUCGGGGGGGACAAACCGCAGCCCUCCAGCCCUUUGCGCGUUCCUUCCCCUCUUGCGCACACGCAGCACCUUCUCACGCACCAGCACCAGCACCAGCACCCGCUGCUGCUGCACGAGAGCGCGCACCUCAAGCCAGACCAUCACCCCCACCCCCACCCCCACCCUCACCCCCACCACCUCCACCACUACUCCUUCAACCACCCCUUCUCCAUCAACAACCUCAUGUCUGAGCCGCAGCACCACAGGCUGGAGCCCGUGGUCCAGUACGGGGGCUACUACCCCCCGGGGGCCGGGGCCCUGGUGGCGGCCAAAGGCCUGGACCCCCCCGGACACAGCGACACCAGCUACUACAGCAUGUACAGCAGAGCCAUCAUCAACCCCUCCUGAA